AUGGACGACGCCGUAUCUCCAAGUAAUGAUGAAUUCCGCCAAGUCCUUGAGGAGAGUUUCAAGACAUGGUACUCCUAUCUUGAUACCCAGAGCGAGAACACCCCUCUUCCCCGGCAUACUAUCGAACUGACACCUCUCGUCGGCCAAACUCCGCCUUUUCUCGGCGAUGGCCUUGCUAGCGCGGAAAAGUCCAUUUCGUUCGCUUGUGAGGAGAAGAAAUGCCCACGGUCUAAAAGUGGCUUCCUUUAUGUUAAUGGUCAAUCAACUUGGAGAACUUCUCAAGGGAUUUGUGAUUUAGAGCCCAAGGUCAUACCUAAACGACUUCUGUUAGCAGACAGCGAAAAAUCCAAUAUGAGAUUGUCAGAAGACUCUCCCUUCUCGGACUGGCCCGGGAUUCAAGGACUUACAGACUACGACAAUGGGAACUACCUGGCCGUCCUUUACUUGGCAUGGGCAUAUAUCCUAUCUGCUCGGUGGGUUGAGUUACUUAGUCGAUCUGGUGAUCAUGAAUGUCAUAUGGCCUAUACCAUAUCAAGCGUGGAAACCCCAUUUUUGCAGUCGGAUAAGCAAUCUGUGGUUGACAUUGAAAUUGAUAAUGAUGCUUGUGAUGAAGAAAGGUUCUGGUGGCACAUAAUUCUUUGUUCUGAUGAUGGCUGGGAUGCCACUGCAGAAUUCAAUGGUAAUGUUUAUUUCUCGCCAUGGUCGGUGUCUGCAAAGAACCUAGGACUUACCCUGGCUAAAAACGGGUUUCGGAGUACUGAUCUCAGUCCACCGGGGUCGUCAACCGCUCUUGAAUAUCUCUCUCGUUUCUGUGUGCAUCGUCGCCUAUACGCUCAGUGCUCAGUUGCCCUUGCAGCAGUGCUCUUUAUUCCAUCUUUGCGGCAUAAAACAGCUUUACUCCCAUAUCCGAAAAAAGUUCCCCGGCUCGAAAGAAAGGAUAGUUCCAUUGACCCCCUUACUUCUAUCCCAGAUCUUCUUAACGACCACCGGGGAUUACUCCCGAGAUACAUGACUUUAAGCUCUUCUCGAAGUGGAAUGAGCUCUCUCCUGGCCAGCACAUUCUUUAAUGCAAAUAUUGAGUGCAAUCUCGCCAGUGCAUGGCUGAAUCCGGCUUUUGCUGUUCUUCACUCCAUUCUCUCAAAAAAGAUAUUAGUGGCCGCAUUCUUGGCAAACCGACAGCCUCGACUCGGCAUACUCUGGCUUGGUGCAACCCUUAUGAACCUGGCAUACCCUAUGUGGCGGGAUGUACGAACAGGACUUUCGUCUAUGGAUCUUGAAGCUUCUGCCUGGACCGGAAUAACACAAACAUUUAUGACUUCAAAAGUUGGGACGUAUCCUGGUGAAUUAAUACACCGUGAUGAUGAAUGCCGGCUGCUUUUUAUCACAGCCUCUGAAGAUGCAGCUUCUGUGGGCCAAGACCAGCCUCCAGUCUGGAAUUGGAAACCCUUUGGGUCUACACGGCUUUGCGACACAGAGCUCCUAGUCAGACAACAUGCUCAGUGCAUUGGCCAUUGCUUUGAGUACGAGCAUUGGGAAUGGAUUUUGACAAACGGCAGUUUGAUUCGAGAGUCUAGAACUGAAAUUAGCCAGACUGCUCUCAGAACAUCAUCUUUAUCCACCAACAAGACACUGGCUGAGUUCGAUGAUCAUGAAUAUGACAUGUAUUCGCAAGAGCUUUCGCAAAGAUUCACGAGUGGGAUAUUCAGAUGGUUAAGAUCAACAGGCUUUACGCGCAACGAAAGACCCUUGUACCAACAUCCUUGGUUGGCCUUCGACUUGGAAGCCGACGAUGACGAAGAAGAAGUGUCCAAUUGUAUGGAUUCAGACACAGAAAUACAACUGGAGAGAAAGGCAAUCCGUGUUGGCAGCUGGCUCGAGAGUGUCGAAUAG